UUCAGAGUCUCUGCAGUUUCCUCCAGGCCGGAGGGUUCUACAUGCUGAGGACUGAGCUGCCCGGAGAAUUGAAGACUGAUUUCUGUUUGCCAAUUUGCAAUUUGGCAUAGUGCUAAGGAACGCGAAAGAUGGCUUUUGGGUAAGACGAAGUGCUCGCUGCUUGUAAAUACACCGAGUCUCUGCUUGGAUGCAGUGUCUACUUUCAGACAAUCAGCACGUAAUGAUAGUUCGCAGACUUACAUUAAGAAUCGAGCGGACGAGGCAAGAAGUUCGGCUUCUCACUAGAGUACAGAAUGCAGUGGCCUGCAUGGUCGAAUGGAUGUCCUCGAUUACCGGUACUGGAUCCAAGCCGCCAAUGGCUAAUUACAGAGAAUCAGAGCAGGAACUUUUCCAUCCGAGUUCGCCUUCGUAUUCUCGUACUCGUAGUCUCGUACAUGCGGCGCAUCAUUAACUCCACAGGUCUAAGGUAAGAGGCACUCUCAGUCAAGCAUCGGACUGCCACUC